CCUCUCUGAUCCCUCCCAAUUACCACCACGCAAUCUUAGUGAUUGUCAGCGAUGGGAGGCGGUUCGUCCAAAAACCCCCAAGCUUUCAGCGGCAAUUUGGACGGCGACAUCGGCGGCCAGCUUUAUGUCUCCCUCAAGAUUGAAAAUUUGAAUAUUAGAGACGACCUCAUCCCCCACGUAUUCGGUUCCAUCCCCAUCAUUGGCUCCUGGGAUUCCUCACGAUCCUUGUCCAUGGUACGGGAAUCGGAGUUUACGUGGGAGUUGAGCUUCGUUGUGCCCCCAAACCAUGGAACGAUAGUCUUCAAGUUCUUGCUGAAGUCUAAGGGGAUGGACAGUCUGUGCGUGGAGGAGGAAGGGGAAGAUAGGUCGCUUACUGGUGGGAGGUUGGACGAUGGUGCUAGGGCUGCGGUGUUCAGGCUUCCUGGAUGUGGUGAUGACGAGCUGCUAGAGCAUAGGGUGUUUUUGAUGGCUAACACUAUCUCACCCUUUGAUCUGGCUGCGAGGUGGAGGGCUUACGAGGAGAAUCUCAGGCCUUCCACUGUACGGGGGGUUCCAGAUAUCUGCAUCAAUGCGGCGUCUGAAAUAGGACAAGAGAAUGUUUCAGCAGUUAGUUUGGAGCUUGACUUGGAGCGAUAUGUUGUUCCUUCACCAACCUGCCCAAGCGCUGAUGUUUAUGCAGCUAAUUUGACUGAGACCCCAAGAUUACUGGGUAAUAAUUGUGGAUUCACUAAAUGUGAUGUCUCCGGUUACUCUCUUUGUUCAAGCGAAGUGGGAUUUGAUAAGGCUAAUCAUAUUUCGUCUGAUAAGGCAAUGCCAGCAGCAGCAGGAGCUGUUGCAGCAGCAGCUAUUGCUGAUCAGAUGCAUGGACCAAAAGAGGAUCAACGCCUGGCAAUUGUUCUGGUUGGCCUGCCAGCUCGGGGAAAGACUUUUACAGCGGCCAAACUAACAAGAUAUCUACGAUGGUUAGGUCAUGAAACAAAACAUUUCAAUGUUGGCAAGUAUCGUCGGCUGAAGCAUGGAUUGAAUCAGGGUGCUGAUUUUUUUCGAGGGGACAAUGCAGAAGGUGUGGAAGCACGGAAUGAGGUUGCGGCCUUAGCAAUGGAUGAUAUGUUAUCGUGGAUGCAGGAAGGAGGUCAGGUUGGCAUAUUUGACGCCACCAAUAGCACCAAACAACGAAGAAAUAUGAUUACGAAAAUGGCUGAAGGAAAAUGCAAGAUUAUAUUUUUGGAGACAAUUUGUAAUGAUGAACGCAUAAUUGAAAGGAAUAUUCGACUCAAAAUCCAACAAAGCCCUGAUUAUGCAGAAGAGACUGAUUUUGAAGCUGGAAUGCAGGACUUUAAGAAACGACUAGCCAAUUAUGAAAAGGUCUAUGAGCCAGUUGAAGAAGGUUCCUAUGUAAAGAUGAUUGACAUGGUCGGUGGAAAUGACGGGCAGAUACAAGUGAACAACAUCAGUGGAUAUCUUCCUGGUCGGAUAGUCUUCUUCUUGGUGAAUACUCAUCUCACACCCCGCCCUAUUUUGCUAACUAGGCAUGGUGAGAGCCAAGAUAAUGUUAGGGGAAGAGUCGGCGGAGAUGCAAUUUUGAGUGAAACAGGAGAGGUUUACUCGAAAAAACUAGCCAACUUUAUAAAGAACCGACUUAAAUCUGAAAAGACGGCUUCGAUAUGGACAAGCACUCUACAACGAACAAUAUUAACAGCAGCUCCGAUUGUUGGAUUCCCCAAGAUACAAUGGCGUGCUCUCGAAGAGAUAAAUGCAGGAGCAUGUGAUGGAAUGACUUACGAAGAGAUAAAGAGGAACAUGCCUGAGGAAUAUGAAUCUCGUCAGAAAGACAAGUUACGCUAUCGUUAUCCUCGCGGUGAAUCAUAUCUUGAUAUCAUACAAAGGCUAGAACCCGUAAUUAUUGAGCUUGAAAGACAGCGCGCGCCUGUGGUGGUUAUUGCUCACCAGGCUGUGUUGAGAGCUUUAUAUGCAUAUUUUGCAGACAAACCUUUAAAAGAAAUCCCCCAAAUUGAGGUCCCACUCCAUACCAUAAUAGAGAUCCAGAUGGGGGUGACUGGUGUCCAAGAGAAACGUUAUAAGCUUAUGGAUUGAGAUGGUAGACUCAAUGGAUCAAGAAACUCAUUCAUUAUCUUUCUACUCUUAAUAUGUAAAUGAAACAUCUUAAAUUAUCUUUAUUUCACAAUUUUUUGUUCUUUAUCUUUGUCCUCGUCAUUUGUUUAACACAAGCAUUGAACGACAUAACUCUUUUUGUGAACAAAUUCU